AAAGUCAGUCAUAAAUUAAUUAUGACAAAUGUCACUAAUGUUUUUUUUGUUGUUUUACCAAAAUUGUGCUCUAAAAGUGUAUAACUGUAAUUUAAAUAUUAUUAAUGGUAUUCCACUAUUUUAAAACAAAUCGCUUCAGUAUUAAAUACUUGAAAACUAACGUUUUAAAAUGGAAAUAGCUUCCCCCAGAUCGAGUGUUUCAUCCGACCAAAAUGCAUCCAAAACAAAAUCCUUACUGGGCUCUAGUUUUACUAAAAGAGUUUCUAUCGCGGAUGAAAAAAGCACUAUUGUACAUCUAGUAUAUAAUAAAUCACUGCAAGAUAUGGUAGAUCCAAAAGUUUUAUGUACUUCAGAUCUAACUGUAGGAGAAAAUUCAAAAGAUACCAUACAUACUGAAUUCACUCUAAACAACACCAGCGAUUAUAAAACUGUCUUUGUAAAAUACUUACCAGAAAUUCAAAGUUUAGAAUUAGAUUCUAAACUUGAUAGUUUAGAGACAGAAAGCAUACGAAGUGAUCAAAUCGAAAUGCAUGUUGUUUUAAAAGAAAUUCUGCAAGGCAUAGUGUCCGCUGUCUCAGGAAAAAUGGUAACUGCUGAACCCCCUCCACGACCGAAAUCGAUGAUAAUGCCUUGCUUUGAAUUUACGUGUGAAUUUAAAAGAAAAGAACGGCAGAUCACUUGUAGUCCUUUCAAAGAUCUGGAAGUAUUUACGGAAGAGUUCGUAGAUUGCAUUAUCAACGAGGCCACAGCUGAAGUAGAAAAACAUUUAACCCAAUAUACAAGUAAUAGUGGUAAAAAGCAUAUGAGAUUAGAAGUGGAUGAUGAAUUUCAUCCAUCUAUAAUGAAGACCGCUUUCUCUUGGCCCACCAUCAAACAAUUCAACAUAGCUCUAGGUCUUCAAAAAAUAACUGAAUUCGUCAUGGCUUGCGGCGCUAAAGAACGAUGGUUAUUUGGAGUAUACUAUUUGGGAACUAUUAGAGAAGCAGUAUCAGCUUUUUAUGAAUACGAGGUCAUAUGUGCUUUACCAUCGCCAGUGUAUCCAAUAGCACAAGCAACGGCGAGUAUUUAUUUUGUGAUAGAAGUAUCACACAUUAUACCACCUACCUGUUCAGUAACGGUGACUUUUCAAUUCGAAACGAACAAAAGUGUGUAUAAUGCCGAGGUAACCGGACUCAAUGAGACUGCCUUGCUUCAUAUUCUAAAUUCUAAAAUUAAAAUUUAUAGUUCUUUGGAAUAUUAAAACAUAAGAUUUG